AUGGCGGAUAUUAGCACUAGUUUUAAAGACGCUGUGCUCAAGGAUAUUGGUAUGGAUAAUAUAAGUGAUACGGAUAAAGUACCUGAUGAUUUGUUUAAUAGUUAUAUUAACUUAAAGUUAGAGAAGACCAAGAAAGAAGUUGAAGAAAUUCGAAUGAAUAAUAUAAAUAGUUUAUCGAAGAUAAUAAACAAAUGUAAUAAGAAUAAUGGCAUUUCAGAAAGUUUAAUAAAACAAAUACUAGGCAUUACAGAAAAUAUCGGGGAAAUACAGCAUGGGUUAGGAAACAACGAGAUGGCAUUCUCAGCAUCAAAGAAGAGAAGAAUGGAGUAUACAAAACCAAAUACAGACGGGUCAUCGAUAAUUCAACCAGGCCAUAGACGGUAUCAAUCUGAAAUUAAUAUAGUGCCAGAAUACAGUUUCAGAGGCCCGCUGGCUAAAAAUAAUCCCAAUAACUUGAAUCAACUCGCCCAAAAUACAAACCAAUUUUCAAAGCCUACGCAACUGGCUCCGUUAUCCUUUAACCAGACGCCAAGUCAUUCAAGUUUGACCAGCGGAACGAAUGAAAAUCUGAAUCCACAUCCAAGUUAUAACAUCAAUACCCAAGCUGACAACUCGACGAUGUUUGUCUAUCAAGAACAACAGAGAGGACUACAGCCUUCAACUCAAAUUCCACCAGCACGUGACCAAGCUCAAUUGAAAUAUGGGCAUAGACGAACACAUAGUGCACAGGUAUUUCCUCAAUCAUAUGUAAGCAAACCUUCAUCACCAACAAGAAACGAUACCGGGAGUUCAUUGAAGGAAAUGAAUUUUUUAAUACAUACACCAAAACAUCCUCCACCUCAAUAA